UUGUUUGUAAUGGUGUGGUGGUGUUAGCUAGUGUUGAGGCUCGGCCGGGCUCAGGGCUGCUGUCUGCCUGCUCUCUCUGUGUGUGGAGCUCCUCUCGCAGCCAUUGUGCGCAGUGACGCGGCGAGGCGUCUGCAGCUCAGCCCCAUUCAGCCUGCAGGAAGUGAGCGGGCUGGGCGAGAGAGCACGGCGCUCUGCUGAACCCGGGGAAGAAAGAGAGAGAGGGAAAAAAACAGGAGAAAAGAUUAUGGCGAGCGAAUGAACUCCUCCUAAAACAUUCACGUAUAUUAUACCGUGCUCGAAUUUCGCAAAGCAUCGUCGAGAAGCUCGGUUUUGUUGUUGCGCGCCUCCGCCGCCCGGAUCACACACACAGGUUCACUGGUGGUUUCGGAUACUAAAUAAAAUGGCUAUGAUAGUGUUGUGGCCAUGGUGACCCCUGGUUCCCAUCACCACCACUACAAAGAAAUUGAAGAGAGUUGUAGGAGCUUCCAGAUCUGUGAUGCACGGUGUCGAACCCCAGUGAUUUGACAUGGAUUGUGCGUGUGGGUUUGAGGAGAAAGUUAAAAAUUCCCAUCUGGUGCCCUACAUCUGUCCAGACGCUCUCUGAACUGCUGUGACCGAGUGGAUUUGAAAGGCUGAUUGGAGAGAAUAUCUGCCUCCCAGGUUUCCGGGGCCACCUGAACAGCAGCGGAAUGAUGACGGGACACGACCACGACAAGCAGAAAUCGCCAGGAUCCGAAGAUGCUUGGGACAGACCCUUCAAAUGUGAUCAGUGCGACAGGACCUACCGACACCACGGCAGCUUGGUCAACCACAAGAAGUCUCAUCAGGAAGGCACUUACAAGUGCGCCAUCUGUUACAAACAGUUCAACAAUUUGGCAGCCCUCAACGCUCACGAGCGCACUCAUUCAAAGUUUAAACCCCCUGGAAUGUCCAUGGGAAGCCUAGUGCCUGAGACCUCACAACCUCGCCCCCCUGCCCCCCAAAGUGAUGACAUGGCAGCGUGCUUUUGCCAUCUAUGCCAGGUUUCUUUGCCCAAUAAGACUGACUUUCAAGAACACAUACUGUUGCAUAAUGCUGCGUCCUCUUCACUGGGGCUGACACGUAGUUUCCCUGGGAUAGUGCCUCACAAUCUCAGCACUGUCCGCUCCCCAGCAGUUAACCCAUACACCCCUGCUCUUGGCGACUCUCUUCCACUUCCUCCUUUACCUGAUAAACGUUAUGAUCAGAUGCUAGGGCCUCCUAUCAAUACUGCAGUUUACACCUGCGCAUACUGUGGGUCUGGACAGCCUGACUUGGACAGUCUCAAAAUUCAUUACCUGACCCACGAACCUCACCCCUCAUCACACGCUCAAGAGGGUCCCUCUGUUCUAAGCUCUGGUGGCCUCGGGUCCAACUCCCAGCCAUCUGUGUCCUCACCCAGUGGGGAGUCUAGAUCACAGCAGUCGUCGUCCAUUGAUGACGCCGACCGCAGAUUCAAGUGUCAAGAGUGUGGGAAAAGCUAUCGUCACGCUGGGAGUCUUGUCAACCACAAGCGCUCCCAUCAGACUGGGCAUUACCAAUGCACUAUUUGCUGCAAGGAGUAUCCACACCUUGCGGCCCUCCAGAGUCAUCUUCGCAGUCACAAAAGUCGCCCAGGCUCCCAGGGACUAAACUCAGAAGGAGACUGGCUAUCAUCUGAGCCCAUGACAGGACUUGACUCCCAGCAAAACUUUGUGCAUUCACAGAAUCAAGAGAAUGGCACCACAACCCCCAUCUCCCUGCCUGGCAGUCUUGGUGAUGCAACCCACUUUGUUUCCGAGGGUGGCCAUAGCAGUGGACUGGAUUCACUCGAGUUCCACGACCGAUUUGAUGGUUCACUGGCUCAGGGCAACUCUGGCCACUCUCCUCUUCCACAGAAUCAUCGCCAGGGAGACAGACACAUGUGCUCAGACCAGGGCAACAUGUCUAAUGGUUACAUUGGCGGCAUGGGCUUCCACAAUUCAGGGGGUGCCUCCUUGCCAGCUGGUAGUGCCAACCACAAAGAAGGCAGCCGCCAGCGACGUGGGCAAGACCAGCACUAUGGAGGAGGUCAGGGGAGUGGCAAGAGAAUGGAGAGCAACAAAGAUGACGACGGAGAAGUCUACCAGUGCACAGUCUGUGGGAACCAUUAUGCUAGCCUACGGGCUCUUCGUAGCCACCUGCGUAGCCAUGGGGUGAAUCAAGGUGCAGGGCCUUCUUCUGCCCUCUCGCCUGCAGGUGAGCAAGAGUGGAGAAGGCGACAAGAAGGUAGUGAGUCUGGCCUAGAAGUCUGUAAUAUCUGUGGCCAGAGUUUUACCAGAAAGCAGGAUCUACUCAAUCACCAGUUAGUCCAUGGACCUCCCCGGCCGGAUGGAUCUGUGCAGGGCUUGGGGGGCAACGUCUCUAAUGCUAAUGGCAAAAUGGAUGGAAGGAACCACAUUUGCGUUGACUGUGGCAUGUUCUUUGCAGAUCGCCAUCACCUGAUCACUCACCUGUGUCCAGGCAAGGCAAGAGGCGGAGCGCUGAACAAAAACAUGAAUGGAGCCAAAGGGAUGACUGGAGGUGCUGGGACCAGCAGUGGGGUGGACCACCGGCAGAUGGCCGAUGACCGUCCCCACAGGUGCGACCAGUGUGGAAGAGGUUACAGACACCCCUGCUCCCUUCUCAACCACAAGAAAUCGCACAAGACUGGGGUCUUCCGCUGCCUUGUCUGCCAAAAACGCUACUACAACCUGCUGGCUCUCAAGAACCACCAGAGGACUCAUUUUGACUUAAAGAGGCACAAGUGCGAAGAGUGUGGGAAAGCCUUCAAGAUCCAGAAGCAGCUGAUCAAUCACCUGCGUCUACACGAAGAGCACAGAGCUAAGACUGGGGUCCGUGAUCAACGAGGCCAAAGCAUGAAUCAACACAACGGUGGGCGCUAUGAGGGGGGGCCAUCCCAGAUGCAGCCAAUGAGGAUGGGAGAGCCACAAAAGAUGCAAAACCAACAAAUGGCACCCAAUUAUGGCCAACCUCAAGGCUACAAGAAGCCAUACGCUGGGGCGAGGGCUCAGCAAGUGGAUGAUGGCAGUGGCCGGCGCCCCUUUGCAUGUGACCAGUGUGGACGCACUUACCGUCAUGCCGGCAGCCUGGCAAACCACAAAAACCUGCACAAGAUCGGCGAGUAUCACUGCAAUGUCUGCAACUCCACCUACCCAAACCGGCUGGCCAUGAAGAACCACCUCCGCAUGCAUUUCGCUUUAAAGAAGUUUGCCUGCAAUGACUGUGGCAGGGGGUUCAGAAACCAGAGGCAGCUCGAAACGCAUACCAGCAACCAGCUGUGCAAAGAUCUUCCCGGUCCCAGCAUGCCACCCCCGCCUCCUCCCAGCUACGAGUGCAGCGGAUGCUCUGAUCGCUUUUCCACUACAACCGAGCUAACUUCCCACAACUGCAGCGCUCAGCUCCCUUCCUCUUCUGCCUCUAUGAAUAGUUCCACCAUGAGCAUGGACACUGCUGACCUAGGCUCCCCUGAGCGUGAAGAGCGACCCUUCACCUGCGACCUUUGCGGCUGUUCCUACAAGCAUGCCAGCAGCCUGCUGAACCACAAGAACACACACAAGACCGGCAACUUCAGCUGCUCCUACUGCGACAAGCCCUACACCAACUACAUGGCGCUGCGCAACCACAUGCGUAUCCACACGCAGAAGAAGCGGCACAUCUGCACCACCUGUGGAAAGGCUUUCCGGCUGGCUCGUUUCCUCCGCAACCACCAGAGGGUCCACGAGGAGGGCCACACGCGCUUCGGCUGCCCCACCUGCGGGAAGAGCUUCCAGGGUCGUUCUGGGCUGGCCAGGCACCGCUGCGGGGACAACCAGGUAGGCAUCGAGGGCAGCAGGAAGGCCACUUCAAGCACAGGAGAGGGAGAAGAGUGCCGGUUCACAUGUGAGCAGUGUGGCCGUUCCUACCGGCAUGCCAGCUCUCUCCUGAACCACAAAAACACCCACACAGUAGGCAUCUACCAUUGCGCCGUGUGCCUCAAGACCUAUUCCAACCUGCUCGCCCUCAAAAACCACCGCCGCAUCCAUUCGGAGACACGAAGGCACCGCUGCCCUGAGUGCGGCAAGGCCUUCCGUGUCUCCUCCCAACUCCAGAACCACCGCCGCAUGCACCAGAAGGAGCGCGAGUUUGCCUGUACACUGUGCCAGCGGAGUUUCCCCAGCCAGUCCAGCUUCCGAAUGCACUUGCAGAUGCAGCAUGGAAGAGGCAACAAGUCCUCGCAUUACCACCAGCACCACCAGCAGCAGCAGCAUCACCAACCAAUUUCGUCUGGAAGCUCUGACCUGGGCUGGGGCUCAGGACUUGAUCUAACUUUGAUGCAGGCCCAAGGACUACACCCUAACGAUGUGUCCAAAACAUCUCACCACGGUCCCAGUUCUAGUAGAUCUUCCGGACACCAGCAGCAGGGCCGCAACGAGACGGGCCGCAAGGCACACGUGUGCGACCAGUGCGGGCGAGGCUACAGGCAUGCCAGCUCCCUGCUGAACCACAAGAACAGUCACAAGGCAGGUACCUACUUCUGCAACCCCUGCCAGAAGGAAUUCUCCAACCUGAUGGCAUACAAAAACCACAGACGCAUUCACACAGAACCCAAGCGCUAUCAGUGCCCGGACUGCGGCAAAGCUUUCCGCGUCUCAACGCAGCUCAUCUGCCACCGGCGUAUUCACACCAAGGAGAAACCCUUCUCGUGUCAGCAGUGUGACAAGCGCUUCUCCAGCAAGUCCAACCUGCGCCACCACCAAAAGGUCCACUGGAACAGCUCGGCGCCCACCAGCACCAUCUCCAUGGGCGCCACCAGCUUCUUGGGUAUGCCCACGGGCCCCUUUAUAUAAGUUAGUGGUGGGAGUUGGGGAAGAAGGACUUGUUUUUGUUGUGGAGGGUUUAAUGCCAAGGUUUCCUGAGGUGCCAAAUAGUUAUCCCAUGCCCCAUCAUCUUCUCACCUCAUCUGCAGUUAGCACAGUGUGUAAGGCGUGGCUGUGAGUUAUUCCUCCUUUUUUUUUGUUUUGUUUUCUUUCGUUGAGCAGGUUGUUGUCUAGGUAAAGAGGACUACCCCUCCAUUUUCCCAUAUAUUCCCUCGAGACACUGAAUAAAACAAGACUCGGUACACGGACCAUUUUACAUUAAGAAGACAGUCUUAGGUUGACGUGGUGUACAGGCUCCUUACCUCUGUUUUACACACUGCGGUUGACCUUACUUGCAUUCUGAAGUUCACUUGAUUUACCCACCCUCUGUUUUUUUUUUGUUUUUAUCUUUUUAACCUACAGUGAUUAUUUUUCGCUCAGUGUAGCAUAAACAGCUUGAAGAAUAACCGUUUUAAACUCAGUUUAACUUGAACUCUUGCUUGAUGGAAAACUACAUUUCAUGUCAGGUUUUUUUUUUUAGGUCUUUUUUAAUUACGCCACAGUGAGCAGGAUUGAGGGGAAUGAAUUAGACCCUUCCAAUCAUUCAUACACCACCCUCAGUGUUGAGAUCAGUACAGGCAAAGUGGUUAGUUGUGCAUCUGAAAUCAUAUGAAGACUCAUUCAUCAUUUCACCUCCAUCCUCCUUUUGGUCACCUUGCAAAACAUUCAAAAUGUUUUUUAUAUUAUACAAAAGUCAUAUUCACGGUCAAAUUACAAAAAUAAAAAAAUAUAAAUAUUAACAGUAACAGUAAAAAACAAACAAAAAACAUUGAGCAACUUGUAUGUGUAGGAGCUAGCUCUGACAGUAUAUAGAUCGUAAUUGAAACUGAUUGCAGUCACCAUGUUGUGUAGAACUCUCAAGGGUGUUUUGUUUUUUUUGUUUUUUUGUUUCUCCCAUCUGAUGUUCUCUAAUAUUUUCUAACUUGUGUGUUUCUUGCAGCACGAAGAUGAGCUUCAAACCUUAUUAAUCUGCAGAUGACAGCAUUGCGCUAUAUGGGUUCACUUCUUUGCAGCUUUGUUUUUUUUUUUUUGUUUUUUUUUUGCAUAUUUUUGUUCUUUUUUGUUUUGCGUGUUGCCUCCUGUAAGUUUCCCCUCGAGAUGUUGCUCAGAACCGUUAUUUUUCAAACACCGCACCUGAGUAGCUAGUGUAUAGAAACAAUAGGUUGUGCUUUUGAGGAAUUAAAAAAAAAUAUGGGGAAAAAAAAAUGAAAAAGCAAAAUGAUGUAUAUUGAUAGGCUUGUACUGGCAUUUGGUUUUAACUUGUAUUGUAUCGUACUUCUGACUGUAUUAUUUACAGGAAGACUUUUAUAUAAACAAAAUGACAAAAAAAUCACUGUAGUAUGCAUUUUAUUUAUAUUAACCCUUAUAACCGAAGACGCUAGUUUUAGGACCUCCCCGUCGUAGGAGCUCUCUGUUCCACACAUUUCCUGCUCUUUUUGUUUUGACCCGUGAAUCUUUCAUAUAUGAUUGACAUGGAGUCGAGGAUAUGACAGGACUCCCAAAGAACACUCAUUUUAGUGACUGUAAUCUUCCCUUCUCUUUUUUUAUUUUAUUUUAUUUUAUUUUAUGUUUCCUUUUUUGGUUAAAUGCUUUUAAACCCCUUGUACAAUAGACAGUGAGCUGUAACAAUGUGUGUUUCUCCGAUUGCAGUAUGAUGAGUGUAAAGAUAUCACUGUAUUGUUAUGCCUUCCUCACGUGAUGUCGUGAAAGUCCCGCCCACCCUCUGACCCUUCCCCUUUUCUCACAUCAAGAUUGGAUGUGCCUCUGUCUCGUGCUUUUAAGCUCACACACUUUUAAGGGAUUUUUUUUUUUUGUGAACAUUACAAUCACUUUGGCAAUCUUAUUUUCACAUAUUUGUUUUGUUACAUCCUUACAGUAUCCCUUGUAUUUAUUAGUAUCCUUUUUUAUUUAAUUGCAUUUGACUAUUUGAAGCUCAUUGAACCUAUAUUACCAGGGAGCACUGGUGCUAGUAAGUCCAUUCUAUUUUGAGUGAAAGUGAAGUUGUAAGGAAAAGUGAUAUGACUAGAGCACAGGAAGAAGAUUGUGUAUAUAUGUAUGUUCCUAUAACUUGCAAUUAGGGUGAAAAGAAGCUAAACUGUAUAACAAACCUUAGGUGCAUUCAUUUGGGAAGGAUUGACUUAUAUAAGAAUUAUUGUAAGUUUAACCUUUUUGUUUUUUGUUUUCCCUCUUUCAUGCAUAUAUAUGUACUGCUGACUAUACACUUUUUUUAAACUACAUUUUGAUAAUUCAUUUCCUAACAGAACUUGUUUGGAUUAUAACCUUAAUGCUCUCAAGUAAUGAAAAUAAAUAGCUGAAAAAUCAUAA